AUGGCGACUCCUCGGUGCCUUUGCGACGCCACGAGACACUUCCUCUCCAGACUCGGCUGUCAAGCCUCCAGACAGAGCUUGCCAACAUGGUCCUCCUGCUCGGUCCAGUAUCGACCUGCCGCACGGCAACUGCGACUAUACGCUAGCAAUCUGCGGCCCUACAAAGGCGGCAACAAGGGUGGCAACAAAGCAGUGCCCUCCGAAGACCCGGACGACAAGGACCGAGGCUACGACCGCCGCUUCACCACGCAGCGCGACAUUGAGAAGUCCGGCCGCGACCGGCCCCCCUGGGACCACGAAAUCACGGACCCGCAGAUCAUGGUGAUUGACAACGGCAGCGCCGAGGGCCCGCUGUCGACGCGGUACGUGCUGACGAAGCUGGAGCCGGGCGAGUCGCUGCGCAUGGUGACGCCGUACGUGCCCGCGGACGACGAGGAGGGCACGCCGGCGCGGUUCGCCGUGUGCAAGAUUGUCAACAAGAAGGACGAGUACGAGCGGCAGAAGGCGCUCAAGGAGCGCAAGAAGGUGGGCGCGGCGGCCAAGGCCAAGACCAAAGAGAUGGAGCUGACGUGGGCGAUUGGCGGGCACGACCUGGCGACCAAGAUGCGGCAGAUGGGCGGCUUCCUGGAGAAGGGGAUGAAGGUCGAGCUGCUGGUCGGGAAGAAGAAGGGCGGCCGGGCGGUGGAUGCGGAGGAGGCGAAGGAGGUGCUGAAGAAGGUCAAGGAGGAGAUUGAGCGGGUUGGGGCGAGGGAGAGUAAGAAGGCCGAAGGGCAGGUUGGGGGGACGAUGAGGCUGUAUUUGGAGGGGGUGAAGAGGUGA